AUUGUCCAAGGUUUUUGUUAAUGCGAUCCGGACCGUCCGAUCAAAGAACCACUCUUGUGACACACCCCCUUAGUCCUAUAAAUGCCCGCGCUCUCUACCCGCUAGGGUUUACCUUGUCAUCGUCUCAAACCAUCUUCGAGUCUCGCUCUGAAAAGCCCUCGCGUGAAAAUGGUGAAGGGGCGGCAGGGCGAGCGCGUUAGGCUUUACGUUCGCGGGACGAUUCUUGGCUACAAAAGGUCGAAGUCGAAUCAGUAUGAGAACACGUCGUUGAUCCAGAUCGAGGGGGUGAACACCAAGGAGGAGGUGGCCUGGUACUGCGGCAAGCGCAUGGCGUACAUCUACAAGGCCAAGACCAAGUCGGACGGGACCCGCUACCGGUGCAUCUGGGGCAAGGUCACCCGACCUCACGGCAACAGCGGCGUCGUCCGCGCCAAGUUCAAGUCCAACCUCCCACCCAAAUCCAUGGGCGGGAAAGUUAGGGUUUUCAUGUACCCGAGCAACAUUUGAGGUAUAUCGAUGCAAUGCAAAUGUGACAGAAGGCAGACCUGUAGUUUAGUGGCAAUUCAAUUUUAAUGCUCGAUCGUAGUAUGUCAAAAUUUUUGACACGCUACUGAACUGGUUACUAUUUUUGCAGUGUUCUUUGAGGAAGUGGAACUUAAUUUACAUAUUAGAAUAUUAUCGAAUUAUGUUCUCUUUUAUAACGAGCAAGCCUGAUAAAUUGAGAGGCCAGAACAUCUGGUCGUUUGGGA